CCGACAACGGCCAACAUCUUUCCCACGAAGUUUCAGGUAGGUCUUGCCUUCGUGCAUACAUCCAAUAUUACCGUAUCCUCUCAAUCGGCUUUUCCAGUUGUGUACCGAGAAAGAAAAAUUCCCAUGAUCAUACCAUUUCAACAGUUCAGUGCCCGCAUCUUCUGUGAUGGGCGAUUCCCCAACCUUCACCAAGACACGGACAGGCUGUGCUGAAUGCAAAAGGAAGAAAAUCAAGUGUGACGAAAAGAAACCCACUUGCACCCGGUGCAGGCGAUGUCCCGAUCGAUGUAAGUAUGAGCUUAAACUCUCCUGGACAGGAGGUAGGCGAUUCAAGAAACCGCGGAAGUCGAGGGUGUUGCCGGGUGACUUUGAUGAGGGCUCUGCUCGUGCCACGCUUUUCAAUGCUUUUCUGUUCGACCGGACAGAACAAGACGACAAUGGGGCGGAGGACGUGGUGGUGGUGAGACCAGAGGAUUUCGGGCAGCAUCAUGGUUCGUCGAGCGUGUUAGUAGGAGAGGUCUCAUCCGGUUUGCCAUCGUCAGCAACCAGCUGUGACGUGUGGAAGGCUUCGCGGUCGCAACCGACACUCGUGAUGACGGAACCAGAGGACGACAACGUUGAUGGUGCCGUUGGAGUCGGCGGAGAUGAUAUUGGGAUAGACGACACCACUGCCGCCGCCCUUGUUGACGAUGUUGGAUUGAUGUCGCUGGCCGAAUCAUUCGAGUUUGUCCAUCAGCUACUGAACGCUAGCGACAGCGACUAUGUCGGCAUUGACGACGAGAUUUUGCUUCAGGCUCAGUCAGAAGCCAAUAGUCCUUCGCGCCUUCUCGAUCACGUCCCUGCCCCUCUCAACCAUCCUCUCGUUUUCAUGCCGUCCCAUCUGCUUUCCUCAUCCGAAUCACGCUUCUUCCUCCACCACUACCACGCGCACACAUCGUCUGUAAUUUUCCCUCUAUCACCUCAAUGCAACCCUCUCCGAGAGACACUCCUUCAGGCCGCUGUCACCACACCGCACCUACUGUCCGCUCUGCUCGCAUCUGCCUGCAGCCACUACACUCGUCUACGAGGCGACUCGGCCCCAGACAUGGCCAAAACUAUCUUCAAGUUCACAAACCCUGCACUUGCAGGUCUACGUGCCGCUGUCAACGAUCACAACUCUGCGCACAAGAUGGAGACCAUCUCCACCGCUCUGGCGUUGUGCACCAGCGACGUCAUCUCGGGGGACCUCAGUAUGUGGCGCACACAUCUGCAAGGCGUGAAGAACUUGUUGUUUUCAGCCAUCAGACGCGACAAGAACGGCAACGGCUCCAGCUCCAGCACCCAAGAUUCCCACUCGCUCACAAGCAUCCUCACCAUCACGGACCCUACGCAGCUCUUUCUAAUGAAAUGGUUCGCAACGCUCGACAUCUUCGCCGGCGUCUCAGGCUUACGCAAAAGCACGAUCCCGGACGGCCAUUACUGGUCUAGCACCACGCCCGACCACAGCCGAGGUUAUGUUGACGAGUUCACGGGAUAUUCAAUAGAACUCAUGCCCCUGCUGGCGAAGAUCGGACGGAUGGCACGCAUCCAGCAGAAACAGGCCAAAAUCGCGCUUGCGGCGGCCACCGCGUCAAGAGCGAUGGACCCGACAGACUCUGAAGACGAAGAGGCUGCAGAUGAAAUGCAUGUCCGUAGCCAGCUUCGUCCCGAAACGCUGGAGGAGAUCCACUCCAUUGAAAGCCAGCUACAUGCGCUCUUCGAACGUUCGGCUCCCCCUUCACUCAUCACGCAACAUCACCAACGGUCACCCUCCUUUUCUGCUUCUUGCGAAGGCACUAGCACCCAACCACGGAUGACAAGAAUAGACAUAGCCGAAGAGAUGCGCUUGACGCACCGUAUCUUCGUCUACGCUGCUCUCCUCCACCUUUACCGCCGCGUGCAAAACCUGCCCAAAUCCCACAUCAAGCCCGCCCACGCCGUCUACAUGAUCCUUGAAACCUUGGACAAGCUUCACGCACAGUCGACAGCGAGUAUUUUGAUCUUGUGGCCGGUCUUUAGUGCAGGAUGUGAGACUGAUGAUGCUGAGCAACGACAAAAGAUUGAGGAUAGGAUGAGGAUGAUGGGAAGAUUUGGAAUGGGGAAUGUGGACAGGGCGAGGAGGGCGAUGAAAGCUUAUUGGGAAGCCGGCGCUGAGGGAAGGUGGGAUUUGUUUAUGGAAAAUCGGGGGUGGGAUAUUGUGCUUUUCUAAGCCACCCGGUCGUUUUCUUCUUUGUCCAAAGUUCCGAUUCAAAAGAUAUACAUAUCAC